CUGUGUUAGAGCGUGCAACUUGAAACAUUACAUUUUUUUCAUCGUGAAAAACUUGCGAAAAAACACAAAUUUCCAUUGAAAAUGGCCCAGCAAGGCCAGGGUGGAAGAGCCGGAGGUGGACCGCCAGGACCUCCUCCACCUCGCCCACCGAAAACGCCGCCGGGCACAUCGCCUCGUGGAACGCCAGUGGCUGUGCCCACUCCGGGCGAUGUGACUCCGGCUCGCGGACCUCCGCCUCCUCCGGCGACCAAACGCGUCUCGAUUGGCAUGGGAACGGAUAGGCCGGCUUCCAGCAGAGCCGCACGUACUGUCUCGCCUCCAGCAACGGAUGCUCCAGUAACAGAUCCUCCUGUAUCAACCGGAAAAUCUCCUAGGACUGGAUCAUCAUCUCCUGGAAAACCAGCUAAAGAUACAGUUCCUUCUUCAACCCCUCGUAGCAGUCUUCCGGAUUCUGGUGCGGCGGCAACGGCCAGAACAACUGUUCGGGAUGCCGGUCCCUCCUCAUCACCAGCGUCCACGCGUCGAGCUAGCAUUCAGGAUCCCACAACCCGACGAUCAAGCGUUGAUGGCUCUCCCAGGAUAUCUUUUCAGGAAGCAGGACCCUCGACAUCAGCCAAAGCUAAAGCUCUUAAGCUAGCCGCCACCGCCGAAGCGGGUGCAGCGAAGCCUUCGCUGAAGGAAAGACUUAAAAUAUUUAAGAGGAAGAAAAAGGACGAGAGCCCGGAAACCUCAUCGCCGGCAUCCCGUGAGCAUAGGACCGCUUCGGUAACGGGGACAUCCGGAACGCAGAACAGGACCAAGACGAACCGCAUCCUCUACACCACUGAUGAGGAGGUGCGCGAAGCACUCAUAGAGUUUUCCGUAUUCAUCAUUUUUCUGAUCCUAACAUCUCUAGUUGUAUUGUCUGUCCGUCACUCUUACAUGUUCUAUUUCAAUGACACGAUGAAGAAACUGUUUACGACUCGCGAAUUGGUGGUGGCUCCUUCGGUCACCGUGUGUUUUGAAAAACUGAUCACGGUGCCUGAUUGGUGGGACUACCUGAUAUAUAAUUUUCUGAUAACACUUCACGGCGAUAUGACAUUUUUGGACGGCGAACCAGCGGAUAAUAGUACGGCCAAUGAGGAACCACAAAUCGAUGACUAUCCUGACGAGUCACCUGGGGAAUAUCCAGGAGGUACUCCGCAGGUGGGCAGGUUGCAAGAGGGUUUCAAAUAUCGAGCCAGUCCCAACGCGGAGUGGGAGGCGCGGGCCAGACCUGUCCGGCAGGCGGAUUCGGAAGAGAGCGUCGAGAGCGGGCAGGAAAAUGUACCAGAUCAACAGGAUCAUGCGGAUGACAGUCACAGGCACAGCAAUAUGUCUUCACAUCACCUGGAGGGACGCGUCUUCUUGUACGAGAACCUGCUUUUGGGACCGCCUCGUCUUCGGCAGAUUCGUGUGCGAAAGGAGAGCUGCUAUGUGAACGACGCCUUUAUCCGAUACUUCAACACCUGCUAUGCGGCCUAUUCAUCCGGAGCGGAGGAUCGCAAGCCAAUGUAUAAGGGCUCGCCCUACCGGACCAUGAAUGACCUUGAUUCCACGCCCAUCUGGACGGUACUUGCUUUCUACCGCACCGGCGGAUAUACGGUGAACUUGGACUAUGACAAAGAUAAGAACCUAAAGACCAUCAGCGAACUGAAGGACAUUCAUUGGCUCGACCGGGGCUCGCGACUCUGCCUGGUUGAGUUCAAUUUGUUUAACGAAAAUACGGACAUUUUUCAGAGUGUUAAGUUGAUAGCGGAAAUUCCACCAACGGGUGGAGUGAUACCCCAGGCCCACUUGCAAACGGUUAAGCAGUAUUCCUUCUUCACGGACCACAGCAUGACCAUGACUGUAAUCUACAUAUUCUGGUAUAUUAUGAUUGUAUACUAUACCAUUGAUGAAAUCAACGAAAUGCGCAAAUCAGGAAUUAAAAUUUACAUCUUAUCGAUGAUAAAUCUUCUCGAUUGUUUUAUAUUGCUGGGUUGUUAUCUUGCUUUAGUAUACAAUAUUUGGCACACUUUUAAAGUUAUGUCCGUCACUUCGAAAGCCCGUGCCGAAUUAGCCUAUCAAAGUCUGGAUGUUCUGUGUUUCUGGAACAUAAUUUACGUUGAUAUGAUGGCUGUUUUGGCCUUUCUCGUGUGGAUCAAAAUAUUUAAGUUCAUCAGUUUCAACAAGACUCUGGUGCAGUUUACGACGACACUAAAAAGGUGCUCCAAAGACUUGGCCGGUUUCAGCUUAAUGUUUGGCAUCGUCUUUCUGGCCUAUGCCCAGUUGGGACUUCUUUUGUUCGGCACCAAGCACCCGGACUUCCGUAACUUCAUUACCUCCAUUUUGACCAUGAUAAGGAUGAUUCUGGGUGAUUUCCAGUACAACCUUAUAGAGCAGGCGAAUCGAGUUCUGGGUCCCAUUUACUUCCUCACCUACAUCCUGCUUGUGUUUUUCAUUUUAUUGAACAUGUUCCUGGCCAUUAUUAUGGAGACGUACAACACGGUGAAAAGUGAAAUCACCCAGGGACGCAGUCACUUGGGCUCCUAUAUCUACAGGAAACUGACAGGAAUAUUAUACUGGAUAACCCACUGUGGGCGAAAGAGACGAUCUCAACCUCCGAAGAGUGAUGACGAUGAAAAGGAAGCUGAGCAGGACGCCACUGCCGCCCAGGAAGAGCCACAGGAGACGCGAAAGAACCUGUCGCCAGCAGAACAACGCUACUUUCAGGAUAUUCCACCGGGAGAAAACCAUGAUAUGGUUCGUAUGAAUAAUCGUGUGGGCCUGCUGGAGGAAAUUCUGGAAAAGUUAAUCACCAAUAUGGAUGAUAUUUUAAAACGCGUCGAGAAAGAACGCCAUACAAAGAAGAAAUAAGAAACCUGGAAUUAUUAAGUCAUCUAUUACAUUUAAAAAUGGGUUCUGUUGUUCAAUUUUAUUAGAGUUCUGUUUCUGUUAGAAUUUGAUUAAAUCAGAAUCUAUUAAACAAUCAUUAAAACUCA